AUGCCCCCGAGAAUAAAUGGCACCUCCGCCUUGCUGGCAGCCGACGUGGCGUUGCCCCUGCAAGCCAGAUCAGCAGGGCCAUUUGCGCGCACAUUCUCGUCGACACAGCACCGCGACAAGAUGAGCCGGGCUCGCCAACAAAUGUACCAAUGGCUAAAAUCAAGAGACGGCCAAGAGCUGGCACAGGGAGGCAGGGGACCGCGGUACCUAGGGCCGUUACUAGACCAACCUUUUCCGCAGAACCCGCUGUUCCGCAGCCAGCCGGUUCUGGAUGAGCAGACGAGGGAGCUGAUAUGGGAGAAAAUCACCCAGCGAGGAGAGUCUAUCAAGGCUGUUUCGGCCGAGAUGGGCGUGGACGUGAGACGGGUGGCGGCCGUGGUGAGGCUCGUCGAGGUGGAGAGGCAAUGGGUGAAAGACGGCAAAAAGCUGGCCAGGCCAUACGCAAAGGCAGUCAUGAGCAUGCUGCCCAAGACGUCAUAUCGCGAGGGGCAGAAGAACGAACCCCACGAGCCGGUCAACGAGGUCCACGUGCACAAGUUGACCAUGCAGCAGCUGUUCGUGCCCGUGUCCGAGUCGAGGAAAUUCACGCGACAGGACGCCGCCAAGGCAUUCCACGAGACGAUGCUCUCGGCGGACGCGCGGUCGCCGCAGCCGCAGCUCAUCAGGAUGGAGCGCGACAUCCUCAAGGGCAUGAGCAGGGAAGACAGCAGGAAGAAGUUCGAGGCUGCCGUGCUGGAGGAAGAGGAUAACGUGGCCAGGAGGCUGGCACAAGAACAGGCCAAAGAGGAGCAGAUGACUCGGCGCGUCAAGACGGACCGGUACGAGUUCCGCUUCAGGGAGAUUGCCGUGGACGACGUCGGCCGCGACGGACGAUCACGGAAGGGCACGGGAUGGAGGUACGGCGCGCCGUUUGACGACCGCAAGCGCGGCGUCGUCAAGAUCCCCACGUCGGUUCCUUGA